GUAUCUCAGAGUGCUGGGAAUUUAAGGCUGAGCGUUUUCUCAACUAAGGCAACAUGAAACACGUCAGAAGAGGAACUGCCAUGACCUCAGCGAGGUUAGCGAGGCUGCAGCACUUUACCAAAUAAGGCCAGUGCGGGGCGCGGGGAUACAUUCUCCUGAGUGCUGCUGGAUGAGAGGGGGGAUGCGUCUCCAAGUACGCACGGUGUUACAGGAACAUUAGGCUUAUAACAAAGAUAUGAAAGACAACUACGAGCUUAGAAAAUCGAUAUGUGACAAACAUCCACGGAGUGUGUGACAACAGGAUCUCAGAUUGAAGACUCAUUUUAACCCCCGCUGGACUAGAGAAGCCACUUUCAACUCCUGACUGACUGCUAUAUCCCAUCAUGCCACUGAUCGUGUUUCCCACUUCUCAGCUGCUGUGGGUGCGUGUAGUUGCACUGCUGUUCACCUGUGUGGCGUUCAGUGUCGCAGCACACGGAGCCUACCUACCCAGUAGUGGCAUGGCUGACUGGUGCAUCUUCUGCUGGGCGUUCAGUUUCGCCUGCACCCUGCUGGUCUUGCUGGUGGAGCAGUUCAACCUUCAGGCCCGAGCCCCAGUGUCCUGGACCAAUUUCCCCAUCACGAUCGCCUGCUAUGGAGCCCUGCUCUGCCUCUCUGCCUCUGUCAUCUUCCCAAUUUUUUUCCUUAAGAACCAGCCGUAUAGCCAGACUCGUGACUAUCGCAUCGUCUCCACAGUCUUCUCCUGCCUGGCAGCGGUGGCUUACAUGGGGGAGGUGUGCAUGUCUAAAGCGAGGCCAGGAGAGGUGGCUGGUUACAUGGCUACAGCUCCGGGCCUGUUGAAGGUGUGCCAGACCUUUGUGGCCUGUGUCAUCUUCAUCCUGGUCAGUGAUCCUGUGUUGUAUAACCAGCAUGAAGCACUCAAGUGGUGCAUGGCUGUGUACUGCAUAUGCUUCAUCCUCUCCAUGGCUGUGGUGGUGCUGUGCGUGGGAGAGUGCACGGGCUGUCUCCCUAUCCCCUUCUCCAAGUUUCUGUCAGCAUAUGGUCUCCUGGCAGUUAUCAUGUACUUAACAGCUACUAUCAUCUGGCCUGUGUUCCAGUUUGACAAACGAUACCGGGGAGGGAGCGACACAAACCCGAUUGUUGUGUCUGUCCUCACUGCCCUCAACUUCCUGCUUUACCUUGCUGACUUGGUGUACACUGCCCGUUUAGUGUUCGUCACUGCCUGAAAACCAAAGAAAUGAAGAGGGGAGACACUGAAAGAUGAAGAAGAGGCAUAAAGGGGCUAAGUGGUCGAGUGGCUCUGCAGAGAAGUGUAGCUGAUGUUGAAUCUCUGACAGAAAAGAGGAAAGUCCAAAAAUCUAAUGUUUAUUGGAGCAUGUGCACAUUCACAGUGCGUUUGUAUAUUUCCUGCUGCCUCCAUUGUAGAGCUGGGUGUCAUUCCAAAAUGUUCGAUACCAGUUCCUAAAUGAUACUUUAUUUGAUACUAAGCUCAUAAAAUAUCAUUAUUUCAGAUCAUUAAUUUUAUUUUUCAGCUCCUUGGUAUUUUUGUGCACUCAAAGCAGUUUCAUGACACAAAAAGUAAAGCUGUUUACCACAACCUUAAGUUCUGUUAACAUUAGCAUCAAUAAAUAAAAAUGAAAAGGCAUUUAUUGAUACUCAAUGGUAUUGAAGUAAUUUGAU